AUGCAGGCGGAUCACUGGACCCGGACUGCAAGCAUGCGAGGACAUGUGGCUGUCCGAGCAGACGAGGCAGCUCUUCCUGGCCUGUUCGAAUCCUCUGAGCAGGAAGGAGUGGAUGCCAAAGUGAGAGAGCAUCAGUCGAGCAUCUCGAAUAUUGAGCUGACCGACCACAGCAUCCAACGCCUCAAUGUCUCGGGCCGAAGUCUCGACGACAGAAUCAUCGCCAUGAGCAUCGACGAGCCCGUUGGUGCUGGUUUCCAGUAUCGAGAACUCGAGAUCCCGGGGGCGGAGAUGCACUUUGUGGGCUUCACCGGGUUUGACUACGAGGACCACACCGACCUCUACCUCGUCAACAACAAGCCGUUCAUCGAUCUCACCACACGCAAACUUCUGGACCCAACGGACAAGGGCGCCAACACUACUAUCGAGCACAUUAGAGUAAACACGGAGGCAGAGACCGUGACCGUGGUCGGGACAUUCUCUGACCCGCACAUCACCACGCCGAACAACAUUGCCACCAAGGGUGAUAGCUCCUUCUACUUCACGAACGACCACGGCCCACACAAGCUAGGCUAUCGUCACCACCUAAGCCCCUUCCUGAAAGACGGCGAGAUCGGCUACUGCAAUGAAGGUGGAUGCCGGCAGGUCGAGAGCGGGAUUGGGUUCCCCAAUGGCUUGUCCUUUGGCGCUGACGGUCUGCUGUAUGUGCCGAGCUCGUUUCAAGGCGAUGUUCGAGUGUACCGACCACAGCAGGAUGGCGGGCUGGAGCAGAUAGAUACGAUCCCGCUUUCGUACCCUCUGGACAAUCUCUCGUUGGAUGCCGACGGUGACAUAUGGGUGCCUGGACUGCCUGAUAUUCAACAGACCCUGGACGGCUUCGCCAACCCUCUCGACGUCACGCCGCCAGCGAGCGUCUUCCGGAUCAAGAAGGGCCAAGACGGCUAUCAAGUGGACAAGGUGCUUGAAGAUGGAGAGGGCGAGAUCUUGCCAGCAGCGACGACGGUGGUGCACGACGUGAAGACGGGGAGGUUGUUCAUUUCUGGAGUCUUUUCGCCGUUCAUCAGCGUCUGCGAGCCGAAGAAGUAG